AUGGCGGUACUGCCGGAAGUGCCUGUGGCGACGAAAGAUGUGAGGAUCGAAGACAUUCAACGAUGCGGAUCUGAUAAUCAGACUCCAGAAGAGAUUGAUCGACUUCGCCAAAAGAUCUGGAAGUUCCGACAUCUCUUGAUCGGCAAGGGAAAUACUCUUCCGCCGGCGCCCAGAGGUGUGGUGUGCGAUAUCGAUGUCGGGGGAGCGAGACCUAUCGCCCUCAAGUGCCGUAAGUUGCGGAUCCAGUUCAGGGAGAAGUUGGCGGACUUGAUCAAGGGUCUAUUGUCUGCCAAGAUGAUCAAUUACUCUAGAUCACCAUGGGCCUCCCCGAUCGUGGUGAUCAUCAAGAAGAAUGGAGUGGAUAUCAGGCUAUGCAUUGAUUAUCGGCUGGUUAAUACCCUAACGCAGCUGAUGAUCUACCCAAUGCCCUUGAUCAACGACUUACUGGAAGAUCUAGAGUCGACAUUUUUGUUCUGUCCUUUGGAUAUGGAGAUUGGAUUUUGA